CAGCCCACUUGUUACUAGGAUCUUUGACUAGGAAGUCUAAAACAUUCCACCAAUCCCAACCGUCAAAGUGGUAUACGUGCGAAGCGAACGUUCGACAAGUUUAGCCAUCUUGCAGUAGGUUACGUGCAGAGGAGUGAAAUUGGUUGGCGAACGGUGACAAGCUCCUUUCAUCGACGAGAAAAGGAUUCCUGUCAACAACUACGAUAUAGUGAAAAGUUCAUAAUGCAGGAGAGCAGUGUCCAGACCUACACUCUUACAAGAUAUGAGAUGGAAUUUAGAGAGAUUGAAAGAUUGGGUGAAGGUGGUUUUGGAGUUGUUUACAAGGUACAAAGAGAAAAAGAUAAACUGCUAUUUGCGGUAAAACAGAUCAACAUUACUGGAAAAGAUGAGGAAAGAAUGCUUCGAGAGGUUAAAGCCCUGGAAUCUCUUGACCAUAGUGGCAUCGUGCGCUACUUUGACGCGUGGAAAGAAAAAGACUCUUACGGGAAAGGUUCCUUCUUGUACAUUCAGUUGGAGUUAUGUCAGGCUAAAACUUUGAAACACUGGUUGGAUGACACAAAUAGAAACAAAAAUCGUCCCUCUAACGAAAUUGUAGAAAAGAUAGAACAGAUCACUUCUGCACUGGCAUACAUUCAUGGCAAGAAAAUCACGCAUAGGGACCUUAAACCAGAAAAUAUAUUUCUUUCUGCUGAACAAGGCAACCCUGUCAAAGUAGGUGACUUCGGUUUGGCAAAGAUAAUGGAAAGGGACAGCGAGAGUCACACUGCAGAAGCUGGAACUCGUGCGUAUUUUGCUCCAGAACAGAGCACAACACAUUAUACCAACAAAGUGGACAUAUAUGCUCUUGGGGUGAUUGUCUAUGAGAUGUUCAACUUUAUUCCCCCUGGAUCAACGAGAAAAUAUUUGAUUAAUGAUGCAAAGGAGUGUAAAUUUCCUGAAAAAAUGAAGCUCGAGCAUGCACAAUGGUGUAAAGCAGUACGUCAGAUGCUCUCUGAAGACCCUGAUAAGCGCCCCACUGCCCGUGCACUCCUUGGAAAAGUCAAACUGUGGGAGAAGCUCUCUACAGACAUUGAUGAGCCAAGGCCCAGUUGUUGUUGUUGUGUUUUUUGAUAACCGACUAUACAAAAAAUAGCCAUAUAUUCAUAACUAAUUAGUGUUGCACAUGUUUUGUACGCAGUAUAUUAAUAUCUUGGAAAUAAUAUUAACUUUUCUUUGUUUUAAUGUAAUGCUUAUAUUCAUAUUGCUAGCUUUACAUUUAGACUCUUUUUAACUGAAGUGACAAUAUGUAUUCUGAAUUCCCUGUGAAUCAGCUAUGGUUAUAAUACUGUUGUUGAAUUUGUCAUUCAAUUUCAUAUUUAAGGUUCUAAGUCAGCAAACAGACAUGAAUUUGUUGGACUCACUCAAAUUGUUUGUCUUAUAACUGUGUGGAGCUUACUUCUUCCACAUUUCUCAAAAGAUUGACAAGAAACAUUAAGUAUGUCAUGAAAUGUAGACGUGCAAGACACUUUUCGUGCCAAAUGAUAAAAAGUUUCCUGAGUUCUAUGCUCUUUUACAUAGCCGAUAAAGUGCUGUGGGGGUAUAAGUCAUGUUUGCAACAAAGUUCUAGUUUAAAAAAAUUAACCAUCGACAGUUAUGAGAGUGUACAAAUGUAAUAUAAAACUGAUAAUAGUGCAUUUAUUAUCACUUUCCUCAUAUGUAAAUUUCAUGUUAUGCAAAUUUCUUUCAAAUUAGACAAGAGGCAAACUGAUAAUGGCUGAAAAACCAAAAAAUGUGUGAUUGUUGCAAGAAACCAAUUGAAUGAAAGUAAUGCAAGUUUAUAGACUUGUUUUGCACAGCUCUUGAAAAACAAAAGUGAACUAUAUGCGCAGUGUCAUGCAAAAUGGUCUUAUGCCAUAUGCGGCCAGCGUAGCUCCCAAACAGCCUGCACAAUUUCGCAGUAUGGUUAGGAGCUAUGCUGUCCGCUAUAAAGUCGUGCAAGCUUUCCUGGUCUGAUUAGCUUAUAGGGUAUCUUCUGACCAGACUGUUUUGAUGCGCAGGCUAGUCUGGAUUACACUGGCAGCAUAUGGCAGAAGACCCAUUUUUGCAUGAUGUGGGUAAUAUAUAAUUAAUGCUUAAAUAUUAAGUGAUAUUUAUACAGGUUAUUGACUAUUGCUGCAUUGAAUAUUGCUAUAAGCUGCAAUAUUGUUUAAGUAUUUGUCACUUGUAUACAUGUAUGCACUUAACAUAUGUUAAUUGAUAAUGCACUUUCUAGGUCUCAAAGCAUUUGCUGUGACAGUAUUUAAUAAUUUUAUUGUGCUUAAUUAAUUUGCUCUGUAUAAUAAAAUAGCUCUAUAGUGUUUUUCCUUUAGGACACUUGAAGAAACCUGUGACAUUCUCCAUGUCAUUCAUAAAUGAUCUUAAAAUCAAGAUAUGAGCCUCGCUCUGGGAAAACGGGGCUUGCAUGCCACGAAUUGUCUAAGAAUCAAGAAAUGAGCCUCGCUCUUGGAAAACAGGGCUUAAUGCAUGCCACGAAUUGUCUUAGAAUCAAGAAAUGAGCCUCGCUCUGGGAAAACAGGGCUUAAUGCAUGUCAUGAAUGAUCUUAAAAUAAAGAUAUGAGCCUUGCUCUUGAAGAACAGGGCUUAGUGUUUACCUGUUCAGUCUGCACAAAUUUUCCGCUUUGACUGGAUUUUCGUUUACUUCAGACUUCCAUUUAACAAAACAUUUCACAACCGAGAAUGUUGUACCUGGCCCGGUUAUAACAGAGACCGGCACAUUGGUGACGCUGCAGCCACACAACUGUGGAAUUUCUCAAUCUCGAGCCAUGUCUCAACUUAACAUAUUGACCUAUAGAAAAGCAUUGGUUUUAAUUGGUUAAUUUAACGUUCAUUCUGAGAAAAGCGUAGUUAUAUAAUUAUAGUAUAUUGCAAAAUGAGGAUUAUAUUAAAACUUACAUGAAAUGA